AUGUCCCAGGCCGGUGGCAGCCCCCGGGCCGAGGACACGGGGCCACGCACCGAGGCGCACUCACGCACGCCGAGCCGGGGCAGCCAGAGGGUCGAGUGCAUCAUCUGCUACUCCUCCUACGACCUGUGCGGCCGGCUGCCGCGCCGGCUGUACUGCGGCCAUACCUUCUGCCAGACCUGCCUCAAGCACCUGGACGCCGUCGCCAACGAGCAGCGCUGGAUCCCCUGCCCGCAGUGCCGCCAAAAUACGCCCACGCCACGCGGCGGCGUCACCAUGCUCGACCUCGACCUGGCCACCUUCCUCGCCAUCAAGGCUGACAAGGAGCAGCCCCGGGUGGCCGGACGGUCCCUGCCAGACACGGCCACCAUGGGCUCGUGCAAGGAGCCGGCGGUCACGCAGCAGCCGUCGGGGCUGUGCCAAGACGCGGUGCCCCAGGACCCCUUCCCACGCUGCGGCUGCUGCCGGCCAUGCAUCUGCUGCGGGGUGACGGCGGAUUUUGAGAGCUGA